ACCAACCCCCUUGCAGCGCCCUGUUCCCAAAGGCAGAAGGGGAUCCCAGCACACAAAGGAAAUGGUUCAGGUCUUUGCUCCAUUCUAGAUUCGGAUCACGCCUUGGAAGAUUUGGAAGUCCAGGUGAAUGACACUUUGAAUGUCUUGGCGAAUGCCAGAGGCAAGUUCUGAAUUUCCCUUUUUACUGGCAAAAUAAUCAGUGUCCAUGUGGCAAGAGCUCACCCAUCAGCCAUUUUUGUUAACGUUAAGUCAGGGCUGAAGAAUUCUGUAAACCUUGCCCAGCUCCUUUCUGGAGCACUGAGGGAUCCCACAGGAUUGCUGUCAGUGGGAGGAAGGAGCAUUUAGCUGUCCAUCCUCCUCCUGUUUGCAAUGCCACGGUGUCCUUCCGUGUGCUCUGUGCAGUCACAGAGAAGAGUAGAAUGGUCAGGGGCCAGGCCUAGGGCUGUGCCCCAGGGCUGAGCCUUGCCUGCAGCCCGAGGAUCUGCUGCAGUGCCACGGGUGAUGUUCUGUCCUGCCUUUCUUUGCAGCUGAACCUGUUGGUGAAGGUGAUCUGGAUUCCCAAACCACAACCACGACUGAGCCUCUUGGAGAUGGUGAGGAUGUGUCUGCAGGGAGGACUUUUCCUGUCCCUGUGAUGCUUCCUAUACAGAAGCCAGGCUCCGGUCGCAGGGGUCCUCCAAGGGGAAAGAACAAAGCUACAGGGCAGAAGAAACCCCAUGAGCCAUCUGAACACAUGAGGGAAAUGCUGAAGGAAAUGCAGCAGGCAGGACAAGAAGCAGAUGGAGAGGCUGUGCAGAAAAAAGCAUUUCCUGGAGGAAGCGGUGGCUCAUUGACAGCCGCUUCUGCAGGAAGGGAGGCGAUGCCAGGCACAGUCACAGGAGAUGAGGUUGCUGCAAAGGCUUCUCCUUUAGACUGGUUGAAUAAAGUUUUGAAGCCUUUGGAGCCUCCUUCAGAUGUGUCUGCAGGGAGGACUUUUCCUGCCCCUCUGCUGAUUCCUACAGAGAAGCCGGGCUCCAAUCGCUGGGGUCCUCUGAGAGGGAAGAACAAAACCCCAGGACACAAGAAGCCCCAUGAGCUAAACAACAUCCUGGAACGAAUGGUGACAGAACUGCCCAAAGGGAAUGGGAUGGACAGAGAGGCUCUAUGGAAAGUGGCAUUUCCUGCAGGAAGGGAGGCGAUGCCAGGCACAGCCACAGGAGUGAUGGGCCAAAAGUCAGGACAGAAGGAGGUGUUUCCAUAACGAAGCAGAGGCCGAUUGGCAGCCCCUGCUGCAGGAAGGAAGGCCAAGCCAGACACAGGCAUGGACACGGGCACAGGCUCAGAAGGUAAUUGCUGUGCCAGGCUCAGCGGGCUCAGCCAUUGGCAGGGCUGCGUAGCUGCAGCUCUUCCACUGGGGCCUGCCCUUGCACGGCCCGGCCGCAGCCAAAGCUGAGGGUGCCUUUGGAGCUCGUUCACAGCCCCGGGGAAAGGUGACUCAAGCACCAAUGUCCCUCCCACUGCAGCUGCUCCAGGGCUGGCCUUGAGUGCCCAGAGGCCAAAGGCACAGGAGCAACCCUGAGCGGGAGCCCUGCUGCGAGCCCAGGGCCAGAGCCAGCCUUGGCUCCCGACUGGGCAGGGGCUGCACUGGGUCCUGACAGAGCCUGACUCUGUGCCCUGGGGCUGGGGGAGCUGUCACGGGGCAGGGAGGGCCAGGGCUGGCAGUGCCUGCUCAGGGAUGUGUUUGGCCCGUGGCCCUCCAAGCAGCGACUGCCCAAGAAGCGGCACAGCCCCCGGGCUCUCCUCCCGGCCUGCUGGGCUUUGUUGGGUGGCACAGCCUGUGCCAAGGGGCGGCAAGGUGCCUGCAGGCCCCAGCUCCAGGGGAAAUGGAGAAUGUCCUGCCCGCAUCCACCGUGCUGCCAGCUCAGCAUUGCAGCACAGCACGGGCUGACACUCCCCAUUGCUCCCACAGGCACAGCUGGACCCACAGCACAUAUUCCUGAUAACCAGAAGGGCCCUGGAGGGGGUUUCUGUAAGGGAACAGGCUUCUGGCUAGGGUUACUGGCAGGCCUGCUUGUCUUGGAGCUUAUCUUCAUCUUAUGCUCUGUCCGAAUUUGGACUUGCUGGAACGGAAAAGGGUGAGUGUUUAGUUCACCUUUCCCUCAAACAGCUUCUUUUGAAAGUUUACUUCAGACAGGAAACAUUCCCAGUGAGGCUGCAGUGCAGGUGUGGCCAGUCCAUGAUUGUCCAAAGAACUCUGCUGAGGGUUCUG